GACUCAAAAGAAACAACGUUCCAGAACAUAAUUCCCUUCUUCCCUAGCACUCUCCCACCAGAGCAUAGCUUCAAUUUUCAGGAGAGACUACGUCGUUAAAUCUUUUCUCAAAUUCUAGAAUUUGUGAAACCCUAUCAAGAGAGCAAAGAAAUGGGUGGCUUAUCGGAGACCAAGUUCUUGCAGGAGCUUGUAUUAUACGCUGCAAGUGCAGCCCUAAGUUGUCUGGUAUUGUUUGCGGGCCUCCGACAUCUUGACCCUAACCGUGAGGCCUCGAAGAAGGCUCUUGAACAGAAGAAGGAAAUUGCGAAGCGGUUGGGUCGCCCGCUUAUCCAGACCAAUCCCUACGAGGAUGUAAUAGCUUGUGAUGUCAUAAAUCCCGAUCACAUUGAUGUGGAAUUUGAUUCAAUUGGAGGAUUGGAAAGUAUUAAGCAAUCAUUGUAUGAACUGGUGAUUCUUCCUCUGAGGAGACCUGACCUUUUUUCACAUGGGAAGCUUCUUGGGCCCCAAAAAGGAGUCCUGUUAUACGGACCACCAGGUACUGGUAAGACAAUGCUUGCCAAAGCUAUUGCAAAAGAGUCAGGAGCUGUUUUCAUUAAUGUGAGGAUCUCCAAUCUGAUGAGCAAGUGGUUUGGUGAUGCUCAAAAGCUCGUGGCUGCUGUUUUUAGCCUGGCUUAUAAACUUCAGCCUGCUAUUAUAUUUAUUGAUGAGGUCGACAGUUUUUUGGGGCAGCGUCGUACUACAGAUCACGAGGCUUUGACUAAUAUGAAGACCGAGUUCAUGGCUUUGUGGGAUGGGUUUACGACAGACCAGAAUGCACAAGUGAUGGUUCUUGCUGCAACAAACCGCCCAUCAGAACUUGAUGAAGCAAUACUACGGCGCCUUCCCCAGGCCUUUCAGAUUGGGAUGCCUGAUCGCAGGGAAAGAGUUGAUAUAUUGAAGGUUAUUCUGAAGGGCGAGAAAGUGGAAGAAGGCAUUGAUUUUGACUACAUAGCAAGCUUGUGUGAGGGUUACACAGGUUCUGAUCUUCUUGAACUCUGCAAGAAAGCAGCUUACUUUCCUAUUAGGGACCUACUGGAUGAGGAGAAGAAGGGGAAACGAUAUAGUGCACCAAGGCCUUUGCGCCAAUCAGAUUUGGAAAAUGUUGUUGCCACAUCAACUAAGACAAGGAUUGCUGCAAAUGAGUACACUAGAUCCAACUCACAAUCACCUGGAUGGUCUAGACAGUCGGACGACCAUGUUCAAGCCACAAUCAAUGAACUCUCUAAACUUGUAGUUUCCCAAAUAUUGAACAUUCAGUCAGAUGCCCAGGACCAUUGAAAAUUAUUGUCGUCUUUAAUUCUCUGCAAAUGAUAUGUCAUUUUGUAAGAUCAUCAUCCCACAAUUAUAGUUCUAUUUAUUUAGUGCUCUGAGUUGGAUCCCAUGCAGAAAAUCUUAUGUAUGUAAUCAAGCUGUUAAUCUAUUGAUUUGAGGGCUUUGACAUGCUCUUGAAUGU